ACGUGGUAAUUCACAGUAAUUCUUGCCGUACGGCAAGAUCAUGUACGACGUGAAUAUGUCAUAAUAAAAGACGACCGUGACAAGUCAAUAUUGGUGACAAAAUAGCGGAGUAAUUCCUGCGCGCGCUUAAGACGUAAAGAUCUCGUCAAUUUAUCGUUCGCAAGAAAAUGAUGCAGCAGGAGUCCACGGUGUAUGAUCUGGCAUAUCGCGGUAAAACUGCGGCCGUGAAGAUUCUGCUAAACGAGAAUGAGAAGCUGAAAACACAAAUGGACAACAAUGGUCGAAUGUUGAUACACUGGGCGGCCUUGGGUGGUCACGAUGACCUGGUCAGAUAUUUGCUGUCCCUCGAUGUACCGGUGGACCCUGCGGAUGAUACAAACAUGACUCCGCUAAUCCUGGCAGCAUCCGCUGGCCGCGAGAAGGUCGUUAACACAUUACUGACCGAGGGAGCGAACGUGAACGCGACAACGAUCGACGGUCACUCAGCGUUACAAUACGCUGCGUCUAAGAACUGGAAGUCCAUUUGCGUGGCGUUGCUCGAGAAGGAUGCAGACGUGAACAUCACGGACAAACGGGGUGCUACACCUCUCCACAGAUCUGCCUCGAAGGGCAAUACCACUAUCGUGGAACUCCUUUUGGAGUGCGGGAAGAAAUUGAACAUAGAUCAGAGAGAUGCGUACGGUAACACGCCGCUGCAUCUCGCUUGUGAGGAGAACCGCGUGGAAGAAGCAAAACUGUUGACGGCGCACGGCGCGGACUUGACAAUUACCAACAAGGAGCGCAAAACUCCAUUGGAUCUCGCGAGUCUCGGAUUGGUUCGACAGCUCGAGGAAAUCAAGCGACAGGCUGCGUCAAAGUGAUAUUCCCUCGCGCGAAAUAUUUUUGUAUGAGAGAUUUACGCGAUUUAAGUUUUCUAUUUAAAUAAGUCUCCAAUAAAUUCAUUCAUGAUUAA